AUGUCCACGGUCCAAGAUGCAACCAAGGAACUUUACAGAAAAAGAAUAGAGGCUCGUGAAGACCACAUCCGAGAGUCAUGGGUGAAAGCGAUGGAGGUGCAGUUAGUUCGAGAAGAGUUAGAGAAGUGUCGCAAGGGCGAAGGCCCAAACGCGCUCGAGAACUGCAAGUGGCUCGCAGAAAAAUAUUCACAGAUGUUACAGGACAAUAAGCUCAAAGGAUAUAAAAUUAUCGAGACAUAG